GGCAUACAAUGCUCGCCCUUCUCUUAUAUAUAUACUUAACUACCCUGAAGGAUGGCUCAUAAACUUGUUCUUGGCCACUCUUCGAACGGCAUACUCCCAAAGCAAACCGCUGUAUUUCGCUCUUGGUCUUUCGUCAACCUCCGUCGUCCUCGAGUCUUUGUAUUCCCAGAACGAGCAACCCCUCCACCAAAGGUUACUACUCUGUAAUGCUAGUUAGAUCUC